AUGUCGCCACAUACACCAUCACCCAAGACCAAUGUUGAUACAAUGCCACAAUUUGCUUAUUGGACAAUCCUUGGAGAAUUUCGAGAUGAAGAAGAUGAGAUUCUACCAAGGAAAGACUAUGAGAGCUUGGAUUAUGAUCGAUGCCUUAAUGAGUCCUAUGUGGAGGUUCUGGAGGGGAUGGACAACAUGAAAGCAAAAAAGUAUGAAGCAGUACGAUGGAUGAUGGUGUUCACUAUUGGAGUCACAGUGGGUCUGGUGGGCCUAUUUGUGGAUUUCUUUGUUCGUCUCUUCACUAAAAUCAAAUUUACCCUGGUUGGUGAUUCUAUAGAGAAGUGUAGUGACAAAGGCUGUCUUCCUCUGUCUCUGGUGGAACUCCUGGCAUUUAACUUGACCUUUGUCUUCAUUGCUAGUGUGCUCAUCCUCAUUGAGCCAGUAGCUACUGGUUCUGGGAUACCAGAAAUUAAAAGUUACUUGAAUGGCGUGAAAAUUCCUGGAAUUGUCCGGCUGCGAACUUUUCUGUGCAAGGCAACUGGAGUUCUGUUCAGUGUGGCUGGAGGUCUGUUUGUGGGGAAAGAGGGUCCAAUGAUACACAGUGGAGCCAUUGUUGGAGCUGGCCUUCCCCAGUUUCAGAGCAUCACCUUCAAAAGGAUCAAAUUUGAUUUUCCCUAUUUCCGUAGCGACAGGGACAAGCGUGACUUUGUGUCAGCGGGUGCCGCUGCUGGAGUUGCUGCUGCUUUUGGUGCGCCUAUAGGUGGUACCCUUUUCAGUUUGGAAGAGGGCUCUUCUUUUUGGAACCAGGGCCUCACUUGGAAAGUGGAUGUUCCCGACGACAAUACCACCAUCAAGGGCUUCCACGCAGUGUGUGCGGACAGAUACAGUGUCCAGAGCAGUAAGCGCAAAGGAGGGGGGCUUGCCGUUCUUGUAAACAGCCAGUUGUGUAACCCAUCGCACAUCACCAGACUGCCAGCAACAACAAAGACAGUCAGGAGAUGGACAGAUGAGGACAAUCAGACACUGCAGGGCUGCUUCCAGGUGACAGACUGGAACAUCAGUUGUUACCCCAACAACAAGCCGUGGGUAACUAAGGAAAUAAAAGCCAGCCUGAAUGAAAAAAAGAGUGCCUUCAGAGCUGGCAACAGAGAGGAGGUGAGAGAAAUUCAGCGGAAGCUGAGAUCGGAGAUCAAAGAGGCAAAGGAGAAGUACAGGAGGAAGUUGGAGCGCAGGCUCCAACAGAACAACAUGCGAGAGUGCAACUUAGUUAGAUCCCACAAAAUGUUAUUCACUGUUAACCGCAUCACCAUUGUAAAAUCCCUUGCUCAUCAGUGUCCAGAUGGAGAUGAGAAUUGCCACCUGUGGACAGCUGUGGACCUGGCCUUCUUUGUCCUGAUGGGGGUGGUAGGUGGCUUGCUGGGGGCACUCUUCAACUGCAUGAACAAGUGCAUUUCGAAGUAUCGCAUCAGACAUAUCCACCCGAAGGCCAAGUUUAUCAGAGUUCUAGAGAGUCUGCUGGUUGCCAUGGUGACCACUGUGGUGAUAUUUGCAGCUUCCAUACUGUUAGGUGAAUGUCGUGACCUGCCCCCCCCCACAUCUCAUAACAUCACACUGUCUGGCAGUGAGGACAUCAAUUCAACCAUCCGUCAGUUCUUCUGUACCAAUAAGACCUACAAUGACAUGGCCACUUUGUUCUUCAAUCCACAGGAAGCUGCCAUCCACCAGCUCCUCCACCAAGAUGGUACCUUCAGCCCUGUGACUCUGUCAGUGUUCUUCGUGCUGUACUUCUUGUUGGCCUGUUGGACCUAUGGUGUGUCUGUACCCAGUGGUCUCUUUGUACCCUCACUGCUCUGUGGGGCGGCUUUUGGACGUCUGGUUGCCAACAUCCUCAAAGUGAAACUAGGAAUGGACAUCUAUUCAGGGACCUUUGCUCUCAUCGGAGCCGCUGCCUUUCUCGGAGGCGUGGUCAGAAUGACCAUCAGUCUGACUGUCAUCCUCAUUGAAUCCACCAAUGAAAUCACAUACGGGCUGCCUAUCAUGAUCACUCUAAUGGUUGCCAAAUGGACUGGAGAUUUCUUCAACAAGGGCAUCUAUGAUAUCCACAUUCAACUAAGAGGAGUGCCACUGCUGGAGUGGGAGACUGAGGUUGAGAUGGACAAACUGACAGCGAGUGAUAUCAUGGAGCCCAACUUGACUUAUGUGUACCCCCACACCCGAGUCCAGUCUCUUGUCAGCAUACUGCGUACCACUAUCUACCAUGCCUUCCCAGUAGUCACUGAAAACCGGCAGAAUGAGCGGGAAUUUGUGAAGGGCAACAUCCUGGUCAGCAACAACAUUCGCUUCAAGAAAUCCAGUGUCAUGUCCCGUGCGGGGGAACAGCGGCGACGCUGUCAGUCAAUGAAGUCAUACCCAUCCAGCGAGCUGAGGAAUGUUUGUGAUGAACAGAAUGCUGUGGUAGAGCCUGCAGAAGAGGGAGAGGACCUGCUGCAGCAGAUGUUAGAGAGGAGGCAUGCUCCCUACCCCAACUUGUACCCAGAUCAGUCUCCCAGUGAGGAAUGGACCAUGGAGGAGCGCUUCAGACCACUCACCUUCCACGGCCUCAUACUGCGCUCGCAGCUAGUCAACCUGCUAAUCAGAGGGGUUUGCUAUGCUGAGAACCAAUCCAGUGCCACUCAGCCCAGGUUGUCCUAUUCAGAAUUGACUGAAGAUUACCCACGUUACCCUGACAUCCAUGAUUUGGACCUAACCCUGCUCAACCCCCGCAUGAUAGUGGAUGUCGCCCCCUACAUGAACCCUUGUCCAUACACAGUGUCACCCAACACCCGCAUCUCCCAGGUAUUCAACCUGUUCAGGACCAUGGGCCUGCGACACUUACCAGUGGUCAAUGCUGUUGGAGAAAUUGUUGGAAUUAUCACAAGACAUAAUCUAACCCACGAGUUCCUUGUGGCCAAACUGCGACAGCACUAUAUCACUUUUUAACCCGACUCAGAUUAUCCUACUGUUCUUUCCAAACUCUAUUGAGACUGGUUCUCAGCUUUUGUCUCUGUCCAUUCUUUAAAACAUUUAGACAAUCCCAAACAUGUGCAAGGAUUUACACCCAGUUUACCAUCAUACACACAUUAUUUAUAGUGCAGUGGAGAACACUGUUCUAAAGGUACAGUGUGUAGAAUUUAGUGAUAUCGAGUGUUUAAGUUGUGUGUUGCAACUGAACACCCCUCACCUCACCCUACCCUUCCAAACAUGAAAAAGAACCUGUGGUAGCUUCAGUUGUCAUAAAAACUCAGGUGUUUAGUUUCAGUCUGGACUAAUAUAAAAAACAUGG